GAGGACUGCGCGGCGUCCCCGCUGCUUGAGCUUCGGGCGAUCCCGGUUGCGGCGAGCAGCCGAGGGACCGGGAGCGGUGCGGGAGCCUCCCGUGAACCGCGGGACUGAGGGCCCGGGCCGCUCCGGUGGGAGGAUCAGCACAGGCGCGGCGGAGCGACGAGGCCUGAGAAAUACUUGUGCAAGAUGUCGACAUUGAGGAUUUGGCUAGUGCAAGCUUUGGUUAUUUUCCUCACCGCUGAAUCUAUAGCUCAGCUUCUGGAUCCAUGUGGUUAUAUCUACCCUGAAUCUCCAGUUAUACAGCGUGGCUCUAACUUCACUGCAGUUUGUGUGCUAAAGGAAGAAUGUCUGGAGCGGUACCAUGUAAAUGCCACCUACAUUGUCUGGAAAACAAACCAUGUUGCUGUUCCUAAGGAGCAAUAUACUAUUAUCAACAGAACCACAUCCAGCGUUACCUUCACAAAUAUGGCUUCCCUGAGUGUCCAGCUCACAUGCAACAUUCUGACUUAUGGGCAGCUUGAACAGAAUGUGUAUGGAAUCAAUAUACUUUCAGGAUUUCCUCCAGAUGAACCUAAAAAUUUGAGUUGCAUUGUGAAUGAGGGAAAGAAAAUGAUGUGUCAAUGGGACCCUGGAAGGGAGACAUACUUGGAAACAAACUUCACUUUAAAAUCUGAGUGGGCAACAGAGAAAUUUGAUGAUUGUGUUACAAAACGUGGCACCCCCACCUUAUGCCUUGUCAACUACCCUCCUGUCUAUUUUGUCAACAUUGAAGUCUGGGUAGAAGCGGCAAAUGCUCUUGGCAAGGUGACCUCAGAGCAUAUCAAUUUCGAUCCUGUGGAUAGAGUGAAGCCCAACCCACCACGUAAUUUAACAGUGAAUACCUCAGAGGAAAUGUCCACUAUAUUAAAGUUAACAUGGAUCAAUCCAAGUAUUAAGAAUGUUAUAAGACUGAAAUACAACAUUCAAUAUAGGACCAAAGAUGCCUCAACUUGGAGCCAGGUCCCUCCUGAAGAUACCGUGGCUACCCGAUCUUCAUUCACUAUUCAGGACCUUAAACCUUUUACAGAAUAUGUAUUCAGGAUUCGCUGUAUGAAGGAGGAUAACAAGGGCUUCUGGAGUGACUGGAGUGAAGAAGCACAUGGGAUCACAUAUGAAGAUAGACCAUCCAAAGCACCAAGUUUCUGGUAUAAGAUAAAUCCAUCCCAUAUUCAGGAAUAUAGAUCUGUACAGCUCAUAUGGAAGACAUUGCCUGCCUCUGAAGCCAAUGGAAAAAUCUUGGAUUAUGAAGUGAUUGUUACACAGUGGAAAUCAUUUUCACAAAAUUACACGGUUAAUGACACAGAAUUGAUAGUAAAUCUCACACAUAAUCGCUAUGUGAUAACUCUAACAGCAAGAAAUCUUGUUGGCAAAUCAGAUGCAGCUGUCAUAAUUAUCCCCGGCCAGCACUUUAAAGCUUCUCACCCUGUAGUGGAUCUUAAAGCAUUCCCAAAAGAUAACAUGCUCUGGGUAGAAUGGACUGCUCCACAUAAAUAUGUGAGGAAGUACAUACUUGAAUGGUGUGUGUUGUCGGAUAAAUUGCCCUGUAUCCCAGACUGGCAACAAGAACAUGGCAGUGUGCAUCAAACCUAUUUAAGAGGAAACCUAGUGGCGAGCAAAUGCUAUCUGAUCACAGUUACUCCUGUGUAUUCCAUCGGACCAGGAAGCCCAGAGUCUGUGAAGGCUUACCUCAAACAAGCUGCACCUUCCAAAGGACCUAUUGUUCGAACAAAAAAAGUGGGGAAAAAUGAAGCUGUCUUAGAAUGGGACCGACUUCCUGUUGAUGUUCAGAAUGGAUUUAUUAGAAAUUAUUCUAUAUUUUAUAGAACCAUCGUUGGAAAUGAAACUGUUGUGAAUGUGGAUUCUUCCCACACAGAAUACACAUUGUCCUCUUUGAGUAGUGAUACGCUGUACAUGGUACGGAUGGCAGCAUAUACAGAUGAAGGUGGAAAAGACGGUCCAGAAUUCACUUUUACAACACCAAAGUUUGCUCAGGGAGAAAUAGAAGCCAUAGUUGUGCCUGUUUGCUUAGCAUUCCUGUUGACAACCCUUCUGGGAGUCUUGUUCUGCUUUAAUAAACGAGACCUAAUUAAAAAACACAUCUGGCCUAAUGUUCCAGAUCCUUCAAAGAGUCAUAUUGCCCAGUGGUCACCUCACACACCCCCAAGGCACAAUUUUAAUUCCAAAGAUCAAAUAUAUUCCGAUGGCAAUUUUACUGAUGUAAGUGUUGUGGAAAUAGAAGCAAAUGACAAAAAGCCAUGCCCAGAUGAUCUGAAGUCAUUGGAACUGUUCAAGAAGGAAAAAAUUAGUACGGAAGGCCACAGCAGUGGCAUCGGGGGCUCUUCCUGCAUGUCGUCCUCCAGGCCCAGCAUCUCUAGCAGUGAUGAGAAUGAAUCUGCACAGAACACUGCAAGCACUGUCCAGUAUUCAACUGUGGUACACAGUGGCUACAGGCACCAGGUUCCAUCAGUGCAAGUCUUCUCAAGGUCUGAGUCCACACAGCCCCUGUUAGAUUCUGAGGAGCGCCCAGAUGAUCUACAGUUGGUAGAUAAUGUCGACAUCAGUGGUGACAUUUUACCCAGGCAACAGUAUUUCAAACAGAACUGCAGUCAGUCUGAAACCAGUCCAGAUAUUUCACAUUUUGAAAGAUCAGACCAAAUUUCAUCAGGCAAUGAGGAAGAUUUUGUUAGACUGAAACAGCAGCAGGUUUCAGAUCAUAUUUCACAGUCCUGUGGAGCCGAACAAAUGAAGAUGUUUCAGGAAGUUUCUGCAACAGGUGCUUUUGGCCCAGUGACUGAGGGACAAGUAGAACAAUUUGAACCUGUUGGAAUGGAGGCAGCAAUUGAUGAAGGAAUCCCUAAAAGUUACUUGCCACAGACUGUAAGACAGGGUGGCUAUAUGCCUCAGUAAAAGACUAGUUGCUGUUGCAACUUCAGCAGGACCUGAAAGGAAAGCUAAAAUAUUUGUCUGUGAUUUCAGAUGAUAAAUAAUCUUCACUCCCUGAAGAUAAUCAUUUGCCCUUAAGGACAAAGUCACAACUGGGCCAUCUCCAUUCCAGAAUGUCUGGGAUUCUACUUCAAGCACUACAUAAACUGACUUUAUCCACUGAAAAGCUGAGUGACUUUGUGCUGUUUCAGGAUGUUUGCACUGAAGAAAACCAGAAAAUUUAUAAAGUAAACGUUCUGUUUUGCCACCAUAGAAAACAGAGGGUAUUUAAAUGAACAGCGGUUUUUUAGUAUAGCUACACUAGUUUAGGUGAGAAUAGUCAUCCAGAAAGUGACUGAGGGAUGCCAGGAGCAAAGGUCUGGAUCCUCCGCUUCAGCUGACAGCAGCAUUUAGAAAGAGGCCAUAAGGCAAAACUAUCCAGCUUUUGACAUCUGUCAAAAGAAAUGUUGGGGGCAGGUUCGUUUAUAGUUCUUAAUUAGAGAAUAUUGGCAAGUUCCCUUCUGUUGAUAUCGGUGCUGCUAGCUGUUACUGGAAAAAGGGAAUGGGCAGAGUAAAAGUACUCAUUUUCUUAAUAUUAGGUAAUCCAAAGCCUCACUAAAAUUUCCAAAAUUUGUUUUUUAUCAUUGCCAACCUCUUUGAAAUCCAUGGCAUUUUUCUCUGCAUAGACAGAUACAAAAUGGACAGAUGAUUUCAGAGCAUUUGGUUGAGAAAGCACUUUAUACAUAUGUCUUCAGCUUAAAAUGCAUUUUCAUUGACUAUACCUUGUUUUUAUUUUUAAGAAUUCCAGAGUUUAAAUUUUUCAUCUUGUAGAGGGUGUUUGACGCAAACUGAUAGAGGUCUGGCAGUAUUUACUACAACCAAAAGCAGAAUCCCAAAACAUACAUGCUGAUCUUAGUAAAUAUCACAGUUAGCAAAUAUCCUCAUUGUAGGGAACUCUUAUAAAGAUGCAAAGUUUUUGUUUGUUUGGGGUGCUGGGGAUUGACCCCACGGCCUUAAACCUGGUAGACAAGCACUCUCCACUGAGCUACAGCCUCAGCUUUUUUUUUCUGGAAAUGAGUUCUCAUGUUGUUUAGGAUUCCCAGCACAGGCUCAAGUGAUCCUCCUACCCCAGCUUCCUGAGUAGCUGGAACUCUAGGUGUACCUACCACACCCAAUAAAAGAUGGUAUUUUUAAUACCUGUCACUUCUGAGGUAGAGUUCUACAUUGUGAUUUAGGAAUAUUUUACAUCUCUUCUUUGCAAUUCUCUUCUGUAGGAAAAAAGCGAUCCAGGCUUUUAGGAUUUAGCACUAAAGCCAUUAAUGCAUUUAUGCCGCCACCUAACUGCCCAGUGUGACAUGGAGGUGGGGUAACGUAGAAGCUGAGUAAGUAAGAACUGGUCAUGCUUUGCUAGGGACUGACUACAACCAAGUGUGCUCACAGGAAAUGUUUUCAUGUUUAAGUUUCACAACAUGGGCACACUUAAAAUAGUUUAUAAAGGUUAUUAAACAAAAGCCUAAGGAAAAUUGGUAUUCAUUUACAGUUGAAUAUAAUUUUAUUUUUUUACUUUCAGAAUAUUGUUCAUGUUAGACUUCCAGAUAUACUUUAUCAUUAUAUCCUUGCAGUUGUAUAAUGCAUGUACUUUUCUGAGUUCUUUCCAUAUAUGAUCUUUGUGAGACAGUAGAUGCUUUAUUCUCAUAUGUUCAGUUUCCCACUUUAGGCAAAACAACAUGAGAGGGGUAAACUGACAGAACUGAAAGUAGAUGAGUAAAGUCAGGCACUGAAAGACCCAGAUUCACACCACAGGAUAACUCCAUCACAGCCAUUCAACCUGGACAUCAGACCUGGUCCAGGUCAGGACUGAAUUUGUCUACUUUGUGUGUAUUUGGCAGGAAAUUGACACGAUUUAAACUUUCAUUUACUCACAGUAAGUAGUCAUGUUAGUAUAAUCACAUUGAGUUGUAACCUUCUUUAUAAUAAGUAGUGGUGUGAAGAGCAUUUGUAGUGUGAAGUUUUUAUAUUGGGGGUAGGGGGUAGUUAUGCAAUGUGAGUUCCUGAUCCAAGGGAAUAAGGAUGAGAGAUCAAUGAAGAAAGGGCACAUAAAAGUAAGUUUGCAUGUUGAAUCCUAUCCAGAACAUGGCAUGGUGAGUGCCACCACUGACACAGCACUUGAGACACAGGAGAUGGUUAUGUGGUUAUCAUGGAAGCACUCAUUCAGAAAGUAUAUAUUUGAAUGCUAAUAUGCAAUGCGCAUCUGCCCUAAAAGAGAAAAACAACCAUAAAACUUGUCUUAAAUACAGACUUUCCUAAAGCAUGUUUCAGAAUAGUGUUUGGAUGCAUGUACCUUAUAUUUUAGGUAGGCAGAGAAAAUAAUCUGGUUUAUGUAAAAACUAGCCUAAUAAACCUAGUGGGUUUAUUACUCUUUAAAUCUUUCGUAUGUCAAAAUAUGGUUUAAAAUAAUGCACAUCAGAAAACAGCUUAUUUGCAACCAGAACUAAUUCACUGCUUCUAAUGCAGUUGUCCCCUUUAGGAUUUGAAGAAAAAGACAAUUCAAACAUAGGCUACGUGUGUUGUUAUUAUAACUAUUGUUUAUUGGUGUGUUUGCUAUCUUACCAUCAUCUCAUAAAGGAUAAAAUGCUAAAUAACUAUUACAAAAUAUGAAACUUUAAAAUUUUUACCCAUUAAGACCUAGAAUUUUAAUCUACUUAAGAGCAUGAAUCAGUACUCAGGAACAUGCUAACGUGAAUAGAAACAGGGAGAAAAACUCAAGCCCCUUGUGUUCAUCUCUGCUCUCCACCCAGCUCAUUCAGUCUCAGCAUUAUUCCUGGAUAAGGGCUUACCAUAUAGUCAUACACUGACCCCCUCACCCGUAUUGUGAAGUUGAAAGUUAAUGAAGUAUAUUUAUAGGACAUUUUGUUCAAGUUCAUAUUUAAAGUAGAACAUCUAAUUUUAUAAAUAGAAAUCUGACGUUCAAUUUUAAAGCUGUCUUUUUAUACCCACAUAAUUAGUAAAACCUGACAUAAAUGUAGAAGUAUAAGAAUCAUACAGGAUUCCUCAAGACACUUCUGUUUACUAGCAUAUAUUAACCAAGUAGAACAGUCAGGGAGACUUUCCUCCCCUCUUAUGUUCGAUCUCCUGUUUUAUUUUACUCUGCUCGUUUUAAGAGCAAAUUUCUAAAAUAUGCACUUCUGUGUUAGUAGUUUUCAGUGGGGGGAAUAACAUCAGUGAGCUACAUGUAAUGGAAGGCCCAUUGUUAAAGAACUCUUGGGAUAGCUUUCUGUUGUAGUAUUGCUGUUAGAUUCUAUUGCCCAGGUAAGAUCACUUUUUUUAAAAUGUGCCUUCCUAUAAAUUAGAACAUAUGCAGCCCUAAAAUGGCAAGGUAUUUAGAGUUACCUAGAUUUUAGAGGUAUGAACUAGCCAACCUACAGCCAAUCCACUCCAAUCCUGGCCAGCAUUUCCUUUUCAGAUUGUUCAUAAAUAAUUCAAAAGAAAGUCAAAACAGUUUUCUCAAACCAAAUGUGCUGUCUGUUGGAUUCAUGUAUUUUUUUCUGUCAUAUAUGCUCUGACAUGUGCAGGAUAUUUUGGUGCUCACCACAUUAAAGACAGAAAGGGGGUGGCUCACACUGAGCCCUUCUGUGCUUGUCUGUUCUAGUGCUUUUCAGGGGUUUUGGCAUCAGUAAGCUCUCACAAAACUGUUAGUUUUGUUUCAUUACCUAGUUGUCAUUAGUUGUGAUGGAUCAUGAUAAAAAUGCUUUAGGCUGGUGUGGA